GCGCGGAUCGAAUCAAUCGCCGGACGGGUACAUGGAACUUUCCUCGGGCACACAGGGCUACGCGGAACUAGCUAGCGAACGAGCGGUCCUGCUGCAAGGUUAGACUCGCCAGGAUGAUGGGUAGCGUUCCCAGCGGAUGGAUGAGGAAGAUUCUCCUCUUCCUGGUCCUGAUGACUGGGGUCCUGCUCAUCGCCAUGUACGCACACGCGCCACCCCUUGUCUCUCUCCAGCCGUUCUCGUCUCGCCGGACAUUUCAGAGCCCCUGGUCCUGGGCAUGCGUGGCCGGCCGAUGUGAGAGGCGAGCAGUGAGAUCGUCGCGUACCUCUCUGGCGAGUUGCAUCGCACUUUGCGGUGGCAACAGUCGUCUGCUUUGGCCCAGACCAACUGGAAACGUCCUUCUGGGCGAGGACAGCGUUGUAAUACACUAUCAGCAGAUUGAGUUCGUUACCGUGAACACCAGCGAUCAGGAAACCAAGAACCUCUUGGAACACGCCAAGGAUGUCUUCAUCGGAAACGUCAGGAGUCUAGUGAAAGUCGCGAACGCAAAAAGUCGAUCGGGCGUGGAUAGUUUCGUAAUAUACCUCAGCGCCGGAUAUGGCCGACCAAUCGGACCCAAUCUGGAGACGGAUGAAUCCUAUACCCUCGAGCUGAUACCAAAAGGAAAGGUUCUGGAGGCUCGUAUCACCGCGAAAAGCUACUUCGGCGCUAGACAUGGUCUGGAGACUCUUGGACAGAUGAUCUGGUGGGACGAGACCGCAGGAAGGGAGGGUGCUUUGAGGGUGUUGACGCGUGCCACUGUCGAGGACAAACCAACGUUUCCUUACCGGGGUCUGCUGGUCGACACCGGAAGACAAUUCUUCCCGAUCGAACGGCUGAAGAGGGUCAUCGACGGUAUGGCAGCCUCGAAGUUGAACACCUUCCAUUGGCACCUGACGGACUCGCAGAGCUUCCCUUUCGACUCUGCCCAGUUCCCCGAGAUGGCCAGAUGGGGCGCGUACAGCGGGAAUCAGAUCUACACGCCCGACGACGUCAAGGAUCUCGCGGAUUACGCUAGGAUCAGGGGCGUCAGGGUGCUCGUGGAGAUCGAUUCGCCUGCCCACGCUGGCGCCGGAUGGCAAUGGGGGACAGAGUAUGGGUACGGCGAGCUGGCACUGUGCGUUGAUCAGCAGCCAUGGUCGUCGUAUUGCGGCGAGCCGAAUUGCGGUCAGUUGAAUCCCAUCAACGAGCACUCCUACAGAAUACUGGAGGGGCUGUACAGGGAGCUGUUGGAUCUGACGGAGAUCCGUGACAUCGUGCAUCUAGGCGGCGACGAGGUCAAUCUCGACUGUUGGGCGCAAUACGGCAACAUUACCGCAGCGAUGCAGGCGCAGAACAUGACCGAUCAUCACGCGAUGUGGGCCGAGUUCGAGACGAAGAUGCUACAAAGGCUGGUCAAGGCAAACCGCGACGAGAUGCCGAGAGCUGUGAUCCUGUGGAGCUCACCGUUGACCAAGAGGCCUUACAUAACCAUGUACUUCGAUCCGAAGAUCCACGUGAUUCAGUCCUGGGGCGGUAGCAACUGGCCCGAGACUCCAGACCUGCUGGAAGACGGAUUCCGUGUGAUCGUGUCGCACGUGGAUGCCUGGUAUCUGGACUGCGGGUUCGGUAGAUGGAGGGAAACGGGGGAGGCAGCUUGCGGCGAGUACCGUACCUGGCAGACAGUCUACAAUCACCGACCAUGGAGGGAUUAUCCUCAGCAACACCUGAACUUAGUCCUUGGCGGGGAGGCUGCGAUCUGGAGCGAGCAGACCGGCGAUGCUUCUCUAGGACCUCGACUAUGGCCUAGGGCGUCAGCUCUCGCUGAACGAUUAUGGAGCGACCUGCCAACCAAUGGCUACUCGACGGACGAGAGUGUGUACACAAGGCUAGCCGCCCAUAUGGAACUACUCACCAGUCGGGGCUUGAAGAUAGAAGCGAUGUGGCCUCAAUGGUGUUCCCAGAAUCCCGGGAAAUGUCUCUGACCGUUCCUCAGCCCGAAUCUGGUCAUCGAGUUCAGUUGGAAUCGUACGCGUGGCUGUGAUGGUUGCGUUGCCGGGUUACGUUGCAAGAAACGAUUAUUAUUGCCACCUUUCGAUCAGUCGACGCAAUUGUCUGCCGAGUUCAUGACACGUAGUAACAACCCCGAUGAAGGGACCUUGUCAGGCGUCACGAUCGUGACGCGAUUCAGUCCAUUAGAAUCGAUCAUUAUCCGAUAACGGGUCUCGUAACUCCAAAGUAAGAAGUAAUCGUUCGUGUAAUGGUAGAGUUUGCAGCAGGGAAUAAUGUCGAUCCGUCGAACGCUGAUUACGUGGGAAACGUAAG